UUUUUUUUUAAUCAACACAACGCAAACACUUUCACGUAGCCUUUUUUUCUUUUAAGAUACACUUUCUUUUUUCUUCUUUUUUUUAAUCUAUACAUCAAUACAGAUUCAUACGCAUAUCAUCCACUCAACGUGUAUAAAGUUAAGAAAGUGUAAUAUAUAAUGUCUAGCCUUAAAGAGCAAAUGGAAUCCUACAGUAACAAGAUUGAAGAUGUACUUGACAAAGUGGGCCAGCCUUUAAAACCGUACAUCCCAGCUAUCUCAAGGUUAUUGAUUGUGGCUACAUUCAUUGAAGACUCUUUACGUAUUAUGACUCAGUGGAGAGAUCAGCUCUCAUUCAUGGAAGAUUCCCGUCAUUUCCCUUGGGGUUUAAGUCAUCUGUUCCUUGGAUUAAAUGUCAUUGUCAUGUUGGCAGCUUCAUUCUGCGUUGUUGUGAAAAAACGCCAAACUUAUGCUAUUUAUGGUCUUAUGGGUGUUAUCAUUGCUCAAGCAUUCGGUUAUGGUUUGAUUUUCGAUGUCUCUUUCUUCUUACGUAAUUUAUCUGUGAUGGGUGGUUUAAUGAUGGUUCUCUCAGAGACUAUGAUAAAACGUAAGCAAAUGUUUGCAGCUCUUCCUCAAAUGUCAGAGACAAACCGUAGAAUGUAUUUGCAACUGGCUGGUCGUAUCCUCUUGAUCUUUUUGUUCAUCGGUUCUGCUUUCCAUGGUGAUUGGAGUGUGAUGCGCUUAACUGUCUCCCUUUUGGGUCUCGUUGCUUGUAUUAUGGUAGCUGUGGGUUUCAAAGCUAAAUGGUCUGCUAUGUUCUUGGUCCUCUUUUUGUCCAUCUUGAACGUCUUUGUCAACAACUUCUGGUCUGUUCAACAUAGCUUCUAUAAGCGCGACUUCUUGAGAUAUGAUUUCUUUCAAUCACUAAGUACAGUUGGUGGCUUCUUACUGUUGGUCAGUACCGGUCCCGGUGGGUUGAGUUAUGAUGAAAAGAAGAAAGAAUUCUAAUUAUCGACGAUAUUAGAGAAAUGAAGCGUGAAAUCAUUUAUAUUAUUCCAUACCAUACAAAUAUACUAUCUGUAAUGCAAAGAAAAAAAGGGAAAAAAAAAGAAACCUAAAAAAACAUUCGAAUAAAGCAAGGCACUGCUAAGAGAUACUACGUAUAAUCAUUGGAACUUGAAAUAUACUACCUCUACUUGCUUUGAUCUGGUACCCGACUACAGUAAUCACCUAUACAGUAAUUCACAUCACAUCUUAAUUGGAAAUAACUAUAUUUGAGCGGUCUUAUGUCUUUGACAUAUUUGAAACAUAAAUUGGUUUAUAUUAAAAUGAUCUUUACUGUUGUUUCAGAUGAUUAAACGUAGUUUGUAUGAGCGAAUGUACUGCUAUCAAUAAGCAGCUCCACAAACCCAAAUAUCUUUUAA